UGUGGAAUUAGUUCGAACGAUUAAUUUUCGAAAACGUACGUUAUUUAGGGGCACGCGAAAAUCGACUUUUUAUACGUAUGGAAUUUGGGAAAACUUCCUUCAUGAAAGUUGUAGAGCUCGUCGACACGAUCGCGUGCAUAUAUGGAACGCAAAAAUCGGAGCUCGUAUGAAUUAGUUAUGUUUUUUUGAAAACGUUUCCAGUUUAAUAUAAAAGCUUCCUUUUUUGUUAAUUUUUCCAAAAAUACAUUAAGUUUCCAAAAUUGGAAACUGAACAUUCUCUCUCUUCCUCACGCGUCCGAAACCGACGGAAACUGGGCAAUCCUUCGCCGGCGUCUAUCUUCCAAUUCCGGCCACCUCUGGACGAGCAACCACGUCCAUCAGCUUCGCCUCACUCCUCCGAAGCCAUCUGUGGCAACCUUGCACGGCGGCACGGCCCCUAGCGGCGGCGGCGGCCCGGUUUCGAUUUAAGCUCGAUUUUGGUCAACGCCGGUUUUCUCCUAGCUCCGGCCACCAAAACUUCCGAUCCUUGGCUCCAUGAACUCCCCUCAACCUGCUGAUCAUCAUACUAGGAGGAUUGCACCUAGAGUGACCGGUUUCACGUUCGUCGGAGCUCGUGGGUUCCCCUUGAUGUUAUUAACAACUCUCUAGAAGGCAUCGAGGCCUGAAAUUGAAGCUUUGACGUCGAAAUCGAGCCUUGCCGGAUUCUGCAAAAUUCUGGAAUUUUUCCGACCACCGAAGCUUUCGAUCGGUAUAUCUCGAGCUACAGACCAUAUUUUUCUGUGAUUCUUGAACCAGUGAGUUCUUCUUGAGUUUCUUAACAACUCUUCAGAAGGAAUCGAAGCCUUAAAUUGACGUUUUUACGUCGAAUUGGAGCUCGCCGUUUUCUGCAGUUUCUCGCCGGUUUCUGGAAAAUUCCGGCCACCUUCAUACUGUUCAAGUGGCUUUGUGUGGUCAUGGGCGAAGAUCCGACCGUUGGAUCUUCGUAUAAUUGAGAAAUGGUGAUUCGGAAGGCGAUUCGUGAGAAUCCGACCGUCAGAUUUUCAUAUAAUUUUGUGGAGAUGUUUGUAAGGAUGAUUCGAGAAGAUCUGACCGUUGGAUCUUCAUUAUAAUUUUGGAGGAUGAUCCUAAGGGCGAUCCGUGAGGAUCUGACCGUUGGAUCAUCAUUAAAUUAAGAUUCGACCGUCGGAUCAUCAUAUAAUUAGAAUCCGACCGUUGGAUUUCAGUAUAUGUGUGGUUUAUGAGUAAUUUACUAAGUCAAGAUAGUAUCUGAUUAGGUGAUUGACGAAUCGAGUUGGUGGACGAUUCAGAUGGAUAUGUGGCUUUUAGAAGACGCAGCUGGAAUUGGAGCGGGUAAUCCUACAGGACAGGAGAACCAGGACGGUGAUCGUGCGGUUAGAGCAAUUGUUAGAGUUUUACAGCAAUUGUACGUUGUGAGGAGUGUGAUACAUCACCGGAAAGCUACGUGAGUCUAGUUUCCAACGCACCAAGAAGAUCAUCAUUCUGAGCUGUGAGCUAAGAGAUAUUUGAGAAAUACCAAACAGUGCUCAAUCUACGCGGAAAACAGAACAGUUUUUGUGAAAGCUUCAAAGAGUAAAUUUUCAUGGCUUUCCCUGGGUAUUAUUCCGAGCAAGUGUACAGCUGCAACACAUAUUCAAUGUCUGGAAAUAAUUCAUAUUCAUGGGAUGCUCCUCCAUGGCCAAAACAAGAACCAUAUAAUUACAACUUGGGAUGGAGAGAUCAUUCCAACUACUCAUGGUCUGAAAAUUCAUAUUAUGAAACUGCACAGUGGUCGUAUCCCUCUAGCAAUGUCCCAUCAUCCUAUCCAGCUCCAAUCUAUUUGCAAGAAGAUCCUACUAUAAAGGAGAUGGUAGUUGAACUAUUGAAGAGAUCAGAAAAGUUUGAUCAAGAGGUUGCAAUUCUUAAACAGGAUCAAUCAAAGCUUGAAGAAAGGCAAUCAAAACUUGCACAAACGUUAUCGGACAUUGAACUUCAAAUUUUGCGGCUUGCUAAUGCCUGGGAGGAAGAGGACGUAAUGCUUCCUACUAAACCAGAAGAAAGAUUUGAUUUUCAGCUCGAUGAGGAAGAUGAAUAUUUUGAACCAAACAUGAAAAGAAAAAUCAUUGAUGAUCAAGCUACUGAGAGCACUCAUCCUCCUUCUACUAAUGUUCCUAUGGAGUUGUGCGCUGACAAGCAAGAGAAUGAAGAACCAAAGGAUGAAAUUAUUUUUGAAAAAGUUGUGAGAACUCAUACAUCGGAUGGUCUUGAUGAAGUCACCACUAUGGUAGUUGAUGCACCAAAUUGUCAAGCAUCCAUGGAGCACCAAAUUUGCGAAUCUUUCCUUUCUUUACCAUCCAAGCUUGUUCUUCCCAUUAUUCCAGCUCCAACACUUGAGCUCAUCUGUGUUCUCAAGCCUCCCUCAAAUUCUAAGGAUGCGUUACUCCCACAAUCACUUCAACCUCCAUGGCCACCUCCUUUACAAUUGUUGAUGCUCAACUUAAAGUUUAAUGCAAGGAAAAACAUGAAGUGGUCUCGAAAGAAAAAGAUAAAAAGGAGAGAGCGUUGCAGAUUUGAGAAAAGUGAUUGGAAAAUUGGAAAUUCUCGUAUAGGUAGGAUGUUUGCUGCUGCGAUCUCAAGGAAGCUACUAUUUUGGAUAUUUUGGGCAUCUCGGGAAAAAGAAAUCAAUUUUCACUAUGAAAUCGGGUUGUGAUACCUUGCAGCAGAAGUGUCCGUUUUUGACAUGUAAUAUGUCGAUUUUAUGUGAUUUGACGAGAGCUACAAGACUCAUUGCUUUGCAAUGAGCCCCGGCGAAUUUUGGCCAAAUAACUCUGUCUUCAGUGUCCGAUCCGCGAGCUAAGUUUCAACAACCAUGGAGAUUUCUACUUGGAGCAUGUCUUGACCUUUCUUCCUUUUCGUCUACAUCCAGGGAGCUCUAAACUCAUUCUUUACUUUUCUUUAUUUUAUUUUUUUUGUGCUUCUUCCCUUACUUGUUUGAUGCAUUACUGCUAGCUAAUAUUUUCAACAUUGAGGACAAUGUCUCACUUAAGUUUGGGGGGAGGAAUUUAGAUUCUUGUUUUUAUAUUUAUAGCUUCACAUGUGGUAGAAUAUAUAGCUUAGUAGAAAAUACUGGAAAUAAAAAAAAAUAAUAACAUAAAAAAAAAAAAUGGUUCUACUUCGUUGUUAUUUUGUAUGUCUUUUGCUUUAGUUUCCUCCAACAUGCACCUAGGAUGAAAACUUGAAUUUAAUCCUUGUUAGAGCUGAUGAAUAUGAUAAGCAUCAAUUUAGGUCUGGACAUCAAUCUUUUGUUAAUAUUCUCUUAUGGUGAUCAUGCUUGAAACACAACAGCCAUUGUUAAUAUGAAAAUUUGUGAUCUGGAGAAGCAUGUGACGGUUAGUGUAGACUUGUAUAACCUAUGUGAGUAUUGAGCCUAUUGCCUAUUCUUGAGAGUGCUUUAUAUAGUUCUGUGAUCUUUCUUGUUAGAUAGGUUGUACAUGAUCUCAUUAUUUUGUCCUACAACUUGCUUCAAUGACUCUCGAGACUUUAUAUUGAUUCACAUGAUUUUUGGGAAGGGAUUGAUUCACAUCAUCACCACCAUGGCCAAAUAGCCUCUAUUCCUGAUUAUAUUAUCCCUUAGAUAGCCCUUUGAGCCAAAAUAAGCUUUUUCUUUCAUAAAACACAUAUUCCCAACCCUUCACCCUUAAACACAUAUCCUACCUAUGUUCUGAGAGAUUGAUGGAGCACUAUGAAGAUGCAUAUGAGGAACUUUGGAGUAAAGAAUGUGUACUGAAGAAAACAAGUUUGGGGGUUGUGAUGUGUACUUGAAGGCAAAGUGGAGUUUGCAGGUCAUACUUCUAAAUUUCAGUUAAGGAGUUACCAUUGUCGAAGUAGUUUUGAAUGCAAAGGUGUGUCUGAAUAGUGAUAAAAAAUAAAUAAAAAAUAAAAAAGUUGGACACACCUUGGCCUUUUGAAUAGCACCGAAGUUAAGAAGGGAAGUCUGCCUUGGUUAUUGUUUCGAAGGAAAUUGCUAUUGUCUAAAGCAUGAACUUGUAGCAGCAGCUUGGAUAUGGGAUGUUUUAAUGCAAACAGAGCUAAAGAGAAGAAGAAGAAGAAAAACAAAUUUGACGUUACAAUAGAAGAGCUCUGAAAGGAAGUUUUCCAAGCUUGGCAAGUGAAAGCAAGAAUGAGAAGCUGCAUUGGGAAAGUGACAGAAAAAAAAAAAAAAAAAAGAGGUUGUGUGUUAAAAUAGAGGAAGUUGACGUGGUACCAAGAAGUAAGAUUUGAAACUUGGAGUUUAUGGUGCUGAUUGUCUUCAUUGUUCAAUGGUGUGAAAAAAAAAAUUACAGAAAAUUUAGAAGACUAAAGUAUUGAGAAUCACAAACGUUAGAGCUAUGUCUUGAAGUUUUCAUGAAGACUUUUGGAGUAUAAGGAGGUUAGAUUGAAGCCAAGGUCCAACACAAUGAAAUUAGGCCUUCCAUGUUCGUUAUUUGAGAAGUGAAAGUGUGACACCUAUGAGAAUUCAGCGAUCUUAAGUCUCGACUUAUUUUUGCUCUAUUGAUUUCUUAGAACCUUUGAAUUCCUUUAUCUUUCGAUUCUUUUAGCCAAAACCCUUAGCCCCAUUACAACCGGAACAAAGACCUUUAUGAUCCUAGGAAAAGUGUGAGGCAAUUUGUGGAGAUGAGUCAAAGAGGUGAGCCUAUGGGGCAAUUCUAUAAUUCAGGUGAAAGAUAUUCUUGCAUGAGAUCAUUCUUUAUUUUUAUUUUCCAGAAAAAGCCUUUCCAUCUUAAUAUUUAUGUGAGCUAUUUUGCUUUUAUAUCCUUCGUCUCACAUAAACAUGAGUGAGUAGAAUUACCCAGAAAAUCUGAGCGCUUUAUUCUGAGUGAAAUUCUUGGUGAGAUUUGGAGUUGAAGCUGAUUUUCAUGUGUCUAUUUGGGUUGUGGAAAUUUGUAUUGAUUUAUGGCUGUCUACACAAGCAUGGUUGUUAUCGGAAUUUAUUAGCACUCGAUUGAAAGUUUUAUGGACCUGUUUUGAUAAUUGUUGUUAUUUGGAUGCUAUAAUUUUGAGAUUGAUUCUCUGAGGUGAUUGGAAGGUUUAGGAACUUUUCUUUAUUCUUGUGUGUUUGUUCUAAUAAGUUAUUAUUUUCUAUUCUUGUUUUGCUUGAGGACUAGCAAAGACUAAGUUUGGGGGUAUUUGAUGUGCUCAUAUUUUCCUAUUUUGUUAUGCCUCUUAAUCUUGAUAUUUAUGUUUAGUUCUCCUUGUUUAUGGUUCAUUUACUUAGUUUAGUGUGUUUAUAGGUAUGAAGAGCAAGGAUGAGAAAAAGAAGGAAAACGAGAGGAAAAGGAUAGAAGGUGCUUUGCAAUCCUAAAAACUGAAGCAGCUUCUGCAGAAUGGCUAACUUUGAGGAUUAAAAUGUACUGAUCCAGAGACAACCAGAAGACAAGCCUUAUAUGCACGGAAAGCCCUGAAUGUCUAGUUUCUGGAGAAUUUUACGGUUCGUGAUUUCGAUAUUCCUAGAGAGAGAUAUGGUCGUUUAAGUACAGGCAGUUCAGUGAAUACGCGAAUCUGUGAUGUGUUUCCAAGGGCUCGAGUUUUCAAGGCCUGAAUGACUUAGCAAAAUUCUGGAAAAAUUGACAUAGCAUUAUGGACCGUUUGAGAGCCCAAACAUAUGUUUCCUUGGAAUUUUAGGGUGCCACAUCACCUUUCUUUUGUGCUAAGUUAUUAAGGAGUUCCAGAGGCCUAAAGCAAGAAGGAAAAGUUGCAUCUUGUAAAAGGAGAAUGUGUCAAGAUGGAGAAGUACCAUUCAAUAUCAGAUUUUCAUCAAAGAAAGCUGCUGCCAUCACGUGUUCACCUUCCAUCUCCAUUCAACAAGUUCUUUUAUGUUUUUAAGAUUUUCUAUUAUGUUUUCUUUGAACAUGAGUAGCUAAACCUCUUUCCUAGGGCUAGG